GUUCUGCGUGGAGGGGCGGGGUUCUGCGUGGAGGGGCGGGCCCGCGGCCCGUGGUGCGACCCCGGGCCGGGUCUGGGCGGCCGGCGGGCCGUGGCAGGAAGCCGGAAGCAGCCGCGGCCCCAGCUCGGGAGACAUGGCGGGCGUUAAAGCUCUUGUGGCAUUAUCCUUCAGUGGGGCUAUUGGGCUGACUUUUCUUAUGCUGGGAUGUGCCUUAGAAGAUUAUGGCGUUUACUGGCCCUUGUUUGUCCUGAUAUUUCACGCCAUCUCUCCCAUCCCCCAUUUCAUUGCCAAAAGAGCAACGUAUGACUCUGAUGCCACAAGUAGUGCCUGUCGGGAGCUGGCAUAUUUUUUCACUACUGGAAUUGUUGUUUCUGCCUUUGGAUUUCCUGUUAUUCUUGCCCGUGUGUCUGUGAUCAAAUGGGGAGCCUGUGGCCUUGUGCUGGCAGGCAAUGCAGUCAUUUUCCUGACAAUUCAAGGUUUUUUCCUUGUGUUUGGAAGAGGAGAUGAUUUUAGCUGGGAGCAGUGGUAGCACUUUAUUCUGAUAAAUUGCAUUUUAUUUCUUAGAAGUCAUGCUAUGUGUAUUUGUGUGCACAUGUGGCCUUUUACUAUGAAAUUUCCUAUGCUAUUUUUUUUAUACCUUUAUAUCAUGUUCACUGUAAGAAGGACUACAGGAGAGAAAGCUCAGUUUUGUUUCCAGCUAAUAGACCUCUCCAUGCACUCAAGUUGAAUUCUUUUAUUUGUUUGGCUCUUCAUAUAGUCAUGGUGCUCUCAGAAGAUACAUUAACACAGUCUUGUACACAGCCGUUCACUUGUGUGAUGCAUUUACAUAUUUUGCCUGGGGAUGAGUGUGGGUAAGCAGACAGCACUGGAGCAAGUCUGUUCUACUCAGGACUUCCAAGAUAUACUUGUGGCCCAGAGAGACAGAGCGGCUCCCUCUUUGUGUUGUAGACCCUUGCCUCUCGAAGUGUGGCCCAUAGAGCACCUGGCAUCUCUUAGGAGCCAGUUCAUACAGAAUCAGAGGUUCCCCCCCCACCCCCCACCACAGAUCCAGUGCAUUUUAGAUGAGCUCCCAGGUGAAUUACACGCACAUUAAAGUUUGACAAGUGCUGUCAUAGGGGAAUAAGUAUCACCUCUAGUGUCCUUGUCUUCCCUUUGGCCGAACCUCUUAACCUCUCUGGGUAUUAGCUGCUCGUUUGUAAAAAUUGUUUCACCUGCCUUCGUGUUGAGGCCUACUUCAGAGUCUCUCUGGUAUUUGUGAAAUGUCCAAACCUGUAUUGUUCCUCACAUUUGUGGAAUUGUUCUCAGUAGGGAACAGUUAUGUCUUCACGGUCUGAAAGGCAAUAGCUCUUUUCACAGAGCUGGGGAAACAGAAUAACUGCAAAGUAACAGAGUAACUGGGCUGUACCGAAGGAGGCCAGGCUGGAACCAGUUCCUGCUUUAGCAGGGGGGCAAGAGCAGAUAGGUAGUACUUUCUAACUUCCCUUUAUAAUCACACACUUCUCCCCAGCUCCUUCUCUGUACUGCGUUCCACCUCCAUCCCCUCUCCAAACCAACACACUCCCAGCAGGUCUGAUUUGCCUUUACUUCCUCACGGCUCUGACUUUUCCUUCCUACAGGAACAGGAGCCAAGUAAGCAAACAGAGGGUGCCCAAAGACGCUACUUACUGUCUUUCAUGCCUUGGAGAUCUUUUUAUAUAUAUGUAUAAAACCUCUCUGCCACUUUUAAGUGAAUCAUUGUGAGUACGUGCCACGCUAGAUCCUGUAGUCAGUUUUUCUAGCUCAACUUUUCGUCCAAGAUCUAUAAAGAAAAAUAUGGAAACUAGAACCACUUGAUGAGAAUACAAUGAUUUUAAAGGAUUAUUAAUGUGUGAUAACUGACACGCAUUGAAAACACUAAAAUUUUGAAGUUUGGAAUCUGAGGAAUUAGCAUAUCUUUUCGUAUUCUGGAAUGAUCUGGGACUAGGAGAAGAUAAAAUUGAAACCUAAAAGGAUAAUGUGCAGUUAUAUUGUGGCCUUGUGCAUAAUUUUAUGUUUUCCUUUUUUUUUAAUAUAUGAAAUUUAUUGUCAAAUUGGUUUCCAUACAAAACCCAGUCCUCAUCCCAAAAGAUGCCCUCUUCAAUACCCAUCACCUGAUUUUAUGUUUUCAAAGUUCUUUGUACAUGUAGAAUUGUUGACGUUAUUUCCAAUAUUUAUAAUUAGAAAAAUUAUAUAAACACUUUAUAAUUUUAGCCAGCGUUUUUAAUAACACUUGCACUUACUUUAUUGUAAUAAAUUUCUCUUUAACACAAAAGAAAGUUUAAUUUCAAAAGUCUUUAUUCUGAUGUAGCCUUGCUUAAAAGAUAAAACAAAAAUAAAGUAAGAAUCUCUUGGUGUUCUGAAAUGGGUAGUUUGAGCAAUACAGGAAUAGCAAUACAUUUUAAGAUAUCAUUUUGAAUGUCUAGUUGGCUUGUAAUAGCAUUUCUUUUCCUAAAACGGAAACAGUGUUUAAUUUAUACUCCCUUUGACAAAAGUAUCUUUAUUGCUUAUACAUAUUUCAUAUUUCAGAUAACCAAGGUAGCCUUAAUAUGUAGCCUUAAAUAAAGCAUUGCCUCUUGAUUGUACUUCCAGAAUGAUAUAAAGUACACAUAGAGAAUAUUGGUAGCCAUUCCCUAAUAAUGGAAUGGUUUAUUGAAGUGAUAGAUUGUUGAAUUUGCUCUGUGUCUGAAAACAAACAUUUAUUUUUAGUGCUUAAGUGUCAUCAUAAAUGCCAGUGGGGAAGUAUUGCUAUGAAUGUACAAUACAGAAGUUUCCUUUUGAUGACA